AUGUCACACGAGAGACAGUCCCUGAUCGAUAAGGAUGCCCAAAGCGAGGCUAUCCCACGGGCACCCUGGGCAGCUGCCCGGCCGUCCCUCCGGGAUCCAUCCCGCCGUCUUCCGCAAGCAAUCGCGCAUCGCGGCGCCAAGGCCUACUUUCCGGAAAACACCAUGGCCGCUUUCCGGGGUGCACUCGGAGCCGGAUCCCAUGCCAUUGAGACGGAUGACCCAACUUUGAAGCGAUGCUUCGGCGUCGACGCCCGCAUAGCUGAUUGCUCGUGGGAGUACCUCAGCACCAUGCGCACACUCAAGGAGCCUCACGAGGUCAUGCCGCGGCUGCAGGACUUUCUCUCGUGGCUGGCACAGCCGCGCUUUGACGAGAUCUGGGUUGUGCUUGACAUCAAGCUUGAUGAUGACCCUAAUGAUUUGAUGCUUGCCAUCUCAAGGGCUUUUGAUAGUGUACAGGGGUCGGUGCCAUGGGAUCAACGUAUCGUGUUGGGAUGCUGGAACGUAAGUCGUGCAUCCUUCCUCCAGGCCGCCCGUCGACACCUCCCGACUUUCCCCCUCGCCCAUAUCAGCGCAUCCCUACUCUACUCGCACCACUUCCUCCGCGUCCCCAACCUCGGCUUCAACCUCAACCAAAAGAGCCUCGUGGGACCCCCAGGUCGCAUGUUCCUCCGCGAGCUCCAGCGCACUGACAAGCUCCUCCUGACGUGGACCGUCAACGAGCCGCGCUGGAUGGAGUGGUGCAUCCGACAGAACCUGGGUCGUUGGAGGACAUCCCCCGGUGCUGGCCCUGCACUCAUCGACGGGGUCAUCACCGAUGAUCCACGGCUGUACCUUGAUGUGUGUGAGCGUUUCGAAGAUGAGAUGGACGGCAAGGUCAUCCGUCCCAAGAUGGGACUAGCCCAGAAGGCGAAGGAAGAAGUAAAAGCCGUUUGCUCGGUGCUCUUCUUCCAUGUCCUGGUCAUGGCCUACCACAUCGUCAGAAGAGUCCAGGGAAAGUUUGACUAUCUCGAAGAUCGCAAGAGUUUGGAUAGACGGUAG